CCGGUGUGUGUGUGUGUGUGUGUGUGGGCGGCGCGCCGCGGCCUCUCUCCGUCUCCUUGCAGUGGGACAGCACAGCACCAUAUGGCAAAGUGAAAGUUAGGUCUGUGCGGCGAUAAAGUUUGGUCGUUCGGAAGCGGACCGAAGCGCGGUGCCCUGCCUCGCACUGAGUUGGGGGCAGCCGCCUUGCACUCCAAAAUGCCCAGACGGGACAGUAGCAGUGACAGUGAUUCCAGCUCAUCCAGUAGCAGCAGUGACAGCAGUAACAGCUCUUCCAGCAGCAGUUCAAGCAGUUCAAGUGGAAGCAGCAGCAGCAGUAGUAGCAGCAGUAGUGAUAGUAGUAGCAGGAGUUCCUCUUCAAGUCCUCAGGACAAAAGAGGUAGAUCACCAAGGAAUGCCAGCCGGAGAAAAGAGGAAAGGCACUUGGAAAGAAGAGACAGAACUUUUUCACAUGGGGACCAUCGAGCGAGAGUAUCGGAGCGUGAAAGAAGGGAUGAAAAGCCGACCAUCAGAGAAGAGAGAAGCUCAAAUCUCAAACAGUUGAGCUGGUCAAAGGAAAGACGACCAGAGAAUGAUAAAAGACGACGUUCUCCAGAAAGUUCUUGGAAAGAACCUUCAAGAAGCCAUAGUCCUCAGGAGGUAAGGCGAAGAUACAGUCCAGAUUCAAGGAGCAAAAUUGGGGAUGAUAGGAAUAGAAGGUCCAAAAGAAAAUCUAGUAGUCCUUCUCCCAGACAUCAAAGAAGGGAAUACAGGUCCAGCUCCAGAAGUCCUUAUCGGUCAUCAAGGAAGGAGAGUACAACUUCAAAAUUUAAUAGAUCAGAGAAAUCUGAUAGCUACAGAAGAAGCCCAGAGAGUCGGGACAAAAGAAUACUGAAGGACACUCGUUCAACAAGUAACAAGAGUUCUUCGCAAGUAGAAGAAAGUACACAUCGAGGCCAAGCGAGAAACUAUAGCUCUCCAAGGUCAAGACGGUUCCAUUCUAGUGUCGAAUCAAAAGAGAAAAGCAGAGAUAGCAGAAGUCGAAAAUCGGAUAGCUCAUCUCGUAGCCCUCCCGAAGAGGAUUUCAAAAUUUCAAAGUAUCCUGAUUCACAUUGUUCAAAUGUUAGACGUGACUCCCAAAAAUAUAGUAGAUUAGUUGAAUCAGACUCUGGGAGAAGCAAAGAAGAAUGUAUUGUUACACAAGGAAGUGGGAAUGCUUCUCAAAGUCCAGACAGCCAUGAACCAAGCACUCGAUUGUCAAGUUGUAAAAAACAACCACAAACUGCAGUGCACUCUGCAACAGAUUCCAGAAAUAAUAGCCCUGAAAGUACAAAGCAAAAAUCUCCAAGUCCCUCUUCAAAAAGUCGAGCUGAUGAGCGUGAAUGUACUCCUCAUGAGCAACAACAAAAAAAGGAUGGGUCACCCUGUUCAAGCGUAAAAGAAACGCAAAAGUCAGAGUCUGGAAGUCCCAGAUCAUCCCACAAUGAAAUUACUGAUUUUAAAAACAACAGAACUGUUCUGCCAGAUAGUCUAGAAGAAAGUAAAACCUUUACAGCGCAGGGAGAAGAUCACGGAAAACCAAACCCUGAUCCAGGAAAAGAAAAUCAGCCUGAAAGUAUUCAUUCCACAAGGAAAACUACUCUGUCCUGCUCUGCCACAAGUUCUGGGAAAGAUUUGUCUACAAAUAUCAGUAAUAGUGAAUCAAAAUGUCACGAUCCUAACUUGGAGAACAGUAAAAACGAUAGGAGUAGAAACUCCUCUAAAAGCUCAAGACGAAGAUCAUCCAGUUCAUCGUCGUCAUCGUCAUCGUCGUCCUCUUCGUCAUCCUCCACGAGCUCUUCUUCAUCAUCUUCAUCAUCCACAUCAUCAUCUUCGACAUCCAGUGAAGAAGAAAAUAAUGAUAAACCAGGGUCUGAUUCAGAGCCAUGUAUGUCAUUGCACCAAAAUGAAAAAGGAAGUAAUUGUGAGAGUAUACCUCUGCACACAAAUGCAAAUCAUGAGAGAAGAAGUCAAGAUGGAAAAGAAGAGCAGCGGUUUCAAGAUUUAGAAUCAUCAAAUGAAAAAAGGAUGCUUUGUCUUCCAGAUAGUACUGGCAGGAUACCAUCUCGAAGUCAUAGCCCUUUGGAAGAGCAAUCCCAAUGUCUAAAUACAUGUGAUACAAUAUAUGGAACUUUGGUAUCUGCUAAAGAAAUGCACAGUGCUGAUGAAGUAUCUUCAAGUGAAAAGAAACCUGAUGAUAAAACUGAUCUGGGCUCCCCACAAUCUUCACCAGCUAGGGUUACACCUAGUUCUGAAAAAAACAAGUCUCUGUCAGAUACAGAAAUAAUAGAUGAAAGGAGCUGUCAGAAAAUCAGUACUGAAAAUAAGGAACCAGAUAGCACUUUGUCAUCUGACCCAACAGAUGACAAGAGCCUGCAAACCAUUGAGAGCUCUGAGGUAGGAAAUUCAAAUAUCCAGAGUCCACACAUAUCCAGUCAAAGACAGCAGAGUCCCCUUUUGGACAGUGCAGAUGGAAAGGAACAAACCAGUCUUCAGAGAAAGAGGCAAAGGUCAUCUUCUUCUGAAGGGAUGAUUGGUUCUGGCUCUGGACCUGAAAGUCCAGUGGAACCUCCUCACAAAAUGACUUUUAAAUCCAGCAGUCCUGUCCCUGGUUUGAGGGAGGCACCAGAAUCUUCUCAUGCAGCUUCAUCACAAGAGCAAGAACCUGAGGAAAAAGAGAGAAAAAGAUCAAGGAACUCGUCAGGUGCAGAAAUGGCUGAGAGCACGCUUAAGGAUGAUGGAGAGACCAAUAUUACCAGAGAAGACAUGAGUAAUUUGGAGACAUGUGUUAAUACAGAGGAUGGGAUGAUUUCAGGUAGCUCAGACAGUGAAGAGAGUGCGGCUAGCAGUGGUACAGCUGUACAAAAAAUGAAAAGCAGUGUGAUACAGAUACAGUUUAACUCCAACCAGGAGAGACACGACAACCACAGUCCAAGUCAAAGGAGCUCUUCGCCUGAGUACAGACAUAAAGGUACCAAAAAGUCACGGUCAAGAUCACCAAGAGAUUAUCCUGACAGGACUGCCUGUGACAGAGGUCCAUCUAGUAAUGGCAGAUAUAAUGAAAGAAACAUGCAACCAAGAGGUAGAGACAAAGAGAAAAAAGUGAGCCUAGAUUCUGAAUCCGAUCACAGGAAGCGACCAAAAUCACCAGCACCUAUCACAAGAAAUGAGGAAGAAUCUGCCACUCAGAGCUCUUCUGAACCACCAACGAAAAAGAAAAAGGCAGAACUGGAUCCGAUAUUAACAAGGACGGGUGGAGCGUACAUUCCUCCUGCACGGUUGCGAAUGAUGCAAGAUCAAAUUGCUGACAAAAGCAGUUUGGCAUAUCAGCGAAUGAGCUGGGAAGCUCUAAAGAAGUCAAUUAAUGGUCUCAUCAACAAAGUCAAUGUCUCAAACAUCGCUAAUAUUAUACAUGAACUUUUGCAAGAAAAUAUUGUUCGGGGAAGAGGAUUGGUUUCUCGAUUUAUUAUACAGGCACAGACAGCUUCUCCUAUAUUUACUCAUGUUUAUGCUGCUCUUGUGGCAAUUAUAAAUUCAAAGUUCCCUCAAAUUGGGGAGCUAAUUCUCAAGAGAUUGAUCCUUAACUUUCGCAAAGGUUAUCGCAGAAAUGACAAGCAACUGUGCCUUUCAGCCUGCAAGUUUGUAGGUCAUCUCGUUAAUCAGAAUGUGGCCCAUGAAGUGCUGUCGUUGGAAAUGCUUACAUUGCUGCUUGAGCGGCCCACUGAUGAUAGUGUUGAAGUGUCAAUUGCUUUUCUGAAGGAGUGUGGAAUGAAGUUAACAGAGGUUUCUCCUCGAGGCAUUAAUGCUAUAUUUGAACGUCUUCGUAAUAUCCUUCAUGAAUCUCAGAUAGAUAAACGUGUCCAAUAUAUGAUUGAAGUCAUGUUUGCAAUUCGGAAGGAUGGGUUUAAGGAUCACCCCAUUAUCCCUGAAGGCCUUGAUCUAGUUGAGGAAGAGGAUCAAUUUACCCAUAUGCUUCCUUUAGAAGAUGAAUACAAUCCUGAAGAUGCGCUAAAUGUCUUCAAGAUGGAUUCGGACUUCCUUGAUAAUGAACAGAAGUAUAAAGAACUAAAAAAAGAAAUCCUAGAUGAAGGUAGCAGUGAUUCUGCAUCUGGAGAUGAAGAAGCUGGUGAUGAUGAUGCUGACGAUAGUGACAAUGACAAUGACAAUGAUGAGGAUGGAGAUGAGGAAGAAGGGGAAAAGAAACUAACUAUACAUGACAAGACUGAAGUAAAUCUUGUUUCAUUUCGUCGUACAAUUUAUCUUGCUAUUCAGUCAAGUUUGGACUUUGAAGAAUGUGCUCAUAAAUUAUUGAAGAUGGAAUUUCCUGAAAGUCAAACUAAAGAAUUAUGCAACAUGAUUCUAGACUGUUGUGCACAACAGAGAACAUAUGAAAAGUUUUUUGGUCUUUUGGCUGGGCGCUUUUGCAUGUUGAAGAAGGACUAUAUGGAGGCAUUCGAAGGAAUCUUCAAGGAGCAGUAUGAAACAAUACAUCGCUUAGAAACAAAUAAACUACGCAAUGUAGCAAAAAUGUUUGCACAUCUCUUGUACACUGAUUCAAUUCCAUGGAGUGUACUAGAUUGUAUCCAUUUAAGUGAAGAAACAACAACAUCUUCCAGCAGAAUCUUUGUGAAGAUCCUUUUUCAAGAGCUUUGUGAAUAUAUGGGGCUACCCAAAUUAAAUCAAAGGCUACAGGACAUGACAUUACAGCCUUUCUUUGAAGGUCUCUUUCCAAGGGAUAAUCCACGCAAUACGCGAUUUGCUAUCAAUUUUUUUACCUCUAUUGGUCUUGGAGGACUAACAGAUGAAUUACGAGAGCACUUGAAAAAUGCACCAAAAAUAAUAAUGACCCAGCGACAGGAUGUUGAAUCAUCAGAUUCUUCUUCGUCAUCUUCAUCCUCGUCUGAUUCAGAUUCAGAUUCAUCGACUGAUUCAGGAUCUGAAAGCAGCAGUAGCAGCAGCAGUGACAGUGACAGCAGCUCUGGAUCCUCGAGCGACAGUGACUCCUCAUCUUCCAGCAGCAGCAGCAGCGUUUCAGAUGAUUUAAAUUCAAAGAGCAAGAAGGUACAGAAUAAAAACAAAGAGCAAGAAAAGGCGGACAGUAGAAAACAACCAAGUGAAAGAGAGCGAUCUGGAAAAGAGCAGGAAAGCAAGUAUUGUGGCAGCAGUGAGGAGCAGGAAAGCAAACUAGAUAGAAAUAGUGGCAGAACUUACAGACAAUCCAGAGACAGAAGAGAUGAAUCGACGAGGCAUGAUCGAGAAGAAAUACAUGAACGAGAUCGGAAAUGUUCCAAUCGGGACAGAGGUCGUGACAGAAACAGAGACUUCACAGAUAAACGUAUUGAAAGCAGAAAAGACACGAGAAACCAUUCUCGUUCUGAAAAUGACCGAAACAGCUCCAGGAGUAAAGAUAACCAUGAUCACUACAGUCGAAGAAGAGAAAAGUCAAAAUCUAAAGAGAGAAGUCGCAAGGAAAUGACCUCAAGAAACAGUGAGGAGGACCGCCCCAAAAAUGGAGUGGAUAAGCGAUCAGGAAAGCAUGACCGUCAGGAGAGCAGAUAUUCUGAGCGCUCUAAGGAUUACAGAAAGGACGAAGAUAGGUGCAGAGAAAGUUCCCCAAGAAGACACUAAAUAGAAUUUAGUGCUGUUAUUUGGAAAAACUGCAUUGCCAAAGCUCUUGGGGAAGUAUCAAGGCCACAGCAAAAAGAGAAGGAACCACGUCUUGCAUAGAACUGCUGAUCUGUAUGUAGUUUCCACUGGAACCUUACAAACUGCUAUUUCCAGUUGUCAUAUUUUGUAAUUAAUAAAAAAAAAAUCUGCAUUUCAAAUAAAUUCUGAGGAAAUACCUUCAAACAAUUUUUCCUUUUGGACAAAUCUGAAAGAUGUGCAGAUUUAUUUUGUGGACAGUGAUAUCUUUGAUAAUGCAUUUAUAGAGGAUUUGACAUUCUCUUGCUCCAUGUAAAUGUUUUGUUUGUCAAUUGAAAUAAAAAUCGUGCAGAUAUGUCA